AUGUUUGAGCAGAAAAAGAAGAAGAAGAAGAAAAAGAAGAAAAAGAAAUCAGUUAUAGAAGAUAAUGAAGAGAAUUUGAAUGAAACAAUGCUAAUAACAAAACCGAGGCCUAAAAUUCAAAAAGCUGCUGCUGCUGUUGUACCUGCUCAAGCACCAAAACGGCCAACUGAAGGUGGAUUAGCUGGUACACAUGAUCCAAAUUAUCAAACCUUAGCUGGUAUUGGUGCUGAUAUAUUUGGAGGCGAUAAGCAAAUAGCUGGUGGUUUUAGCCCAUCACCAGUAAUUCUACCAAAGGUACCAACACAAGGUGGAAUGGUUGGUACACAUGAUCCAAAUUAUCAGACUUUGGCCGCUGUAGGCGCAGAUAUAUUUGGCGAGGAUAAAGCAGGUGGCGGUGUAAAUCUAAGCAAACCAGCAAAUCAAGGUGCUGUAGCUGGUACAUUUGAUCCAAAUUAUCAGACAUUAGCUGCUGUUGGCGGUGAUAUUUUUGGCGCAGAUAAGAAAGGUGAAUCGCCUACACCUAUUCGUGCACCUAGUACACCAGCAGGAAAGGCUGGAACAUUUGAUCCAAAUUAUCAAACAUUAGCUGGUGUUAAUCAAGAUAUCUUUGGUGCUGAUAAGAAAGCAUGGUGA